AUGCCUUCCUACAUCUUCAGUUGCAACAAACCUAUUCAUCACAGAAGAAGAACAUUUGCUGUGAAUGGUUGGAGUUGUGGAGAUCCGCCAACGACUGGGGCUCAACAGUUGGAUAUAGGUAGCCCUCUUGGAACUGAGCAGAAGACAGGCAUGCAAAAUCACCCUGUACAACUUGGUCAAUUUUUUAGGUCCAAUUCAUUAACUAUUUGCUUCCAAUGGUGGAUAUUUUGGUUUGUAAAUUCGAACUCUGCAAAGGGAAAAAAUCGAUGUCAGAUGGCAGAAAUAUCGAUUUUUAAGGAAAAUCACAAAAAAGAAUUUAUUAAUGAUGGAGAAAAAGUACAUCAAAAUGCGCAUAAAGCUGAAGAGGAAAAAAAAAACGGCGAGACGUGA